AUGGGGGAAACUGUGUUUGAAUUCAAAGUGUUGGACCCGGAGCAGCGCAGGGGAACUGGCGCUCUUGACCUCGCCUACUGGACAUAUCGGAUCCGUGCCUCCACGACUCUCUCAACAUACGCACAGAAGGAUCUGGAGGUUGUGCGGCGCUACAGUGACUUUGAGUGGUUUCGCGCCCAGUUGUGCGAGGCAUACCCGUAUUGCAUCGUCCCGCCCAUCCCAGAGAAGGAUGUGCAGGGAACACUUGACAAAAUUGUGGGGUCCGGCUCGCAGAGCGCCAGCCGUCUGAGGGACUACCGACAACGCGCCCUGAGGAAAUUUCUUGUGCGGCUUGGCGCCCACCCACGGCUGCAUACUUCGCAUCUGUUGAAGGACUUUUUGGAGAUGAAUGAGGACGAAUGGGAGCGAAAAAUGAAGGCAUCCGCGAAGAAUUCUGAGGGUUUUUUUACCUCCUCACUUGGCGAAGGCGUCAAUCACGCCUUCACGAGGCAGUGGAAUACUUCUGGCGCCGUGGCAGAAGCGGGUGCUGCUUAUACGCGUGUGGUAACAAACACCAAUACAACCCCCCAGGUGUGGGAGGAGACACGUCUGUAUAUUCAACAACUGGAGGAUAGCAUAAAGAUGCUGCGGGAGCGAUUGCAGUUGCUUGUUGACCGCCGUCGAAACACCAGUAACGCCUUGCAUGAGUUUGGUGUAGCCUUUGAAAAGGUUGGAGAGAUAGAGAGGGGGAUUGAAUCUACGCCGCUCAGCAACGCACUGAUCGCCGUGGGGCAGCACAGUGAACAACUCUUCUUUAUAUAUAGUGAUUAUGCCAAUGAGGAAAUGAAACAAGUGGUUGAAACACUCAAUUACUACUGUGGUAUGUGCGCUGCCGUGCGUGAGACACUUCGAAGGGUUCAUAACAGGUCACAUUAUGUGGAGUCGCUCCGACAACAUGCAGCUGAGGUUGUUGCCCAAAAGGAAAGGGCGUUGGAGAAGGGCGGACAGGCCGGGCGGGUUGCACGACUGGAAAGUGAGCUGGCCGGGUUGGAAGAUCGUUUGAGCACCGCAAAGAGAGAACUGGAGGCAGGCGAGACCAUCUUGAAGGACGAACUACGCCGCUUCCACCAGGAGAAGCAGUACGACGUGAAGGCCAUCCUAAAGAACUUUGCAGAGCUCCAACUAAAGUACGCGGCACGAAUGAAAGAGACAUGGGAAAGUUUGCGUCCCACCGUGGAAGCGGUUCAAUUUGAGGGUGAGGGAGGCGGCCAAGGGAAUGCCUUACGGUAA